CAUACGUGUACCAUCCCUGCGAUUGAAUGCCUCGAAGCCACAAACAUAUAUAGAGAACUAGCUUUUGGGGCUCAAACUCGAGAAAGCUAUCUCCUGUCGGCCAGCACCUCUCUUGUCCCGCAGAAGCAUUUGUAAAACGAACGCACGUACCCUCGAGCCGUUUUCUCUUCCUCCCACUCAAGGCCAGGCAAGAUGCCUUCCACGAACACUGGUUCAACUGUCAGCGAACGCCGUGCAGCAGUCAUUGAGGAGAGCAAAACCGGCGGCAAACAUGCUCAUGGCACGCACAACUAUCCUGACCCGCUCGUGCACAUCGACAAGGUAGCGUGGGACGUCACCAUCAUUGGUGCCGGCCCGGCUGGCCUCAUGCUAGCGAGCUCUUUGGCGCGCUUUGGCGGACACGACGUGCUUGUCAUCGACGAGCGAUCGGAGCCAACGACUGCUGGUCGCGCCGAUGGCAUCCAGCCGAGGACAAUCGAAGUGUUCCGCAACAUGGAGCCUCUGGGCACUGAAUUCGUCGAACGCUCAGCGCCAUCAUACGAGCGAACUUUCUGGGAUCCGCGCUCGGACGGUGAGCGCGGCAUUGUGCGUACACGCCGCGUUCAAUCCUUCCCGACCAACAUGGAGAUUCAAGACAAUUGCACCCUCGGCCUGCAGCAAGGACUGAUCGAAGGUGCAUUCUUGCGCGACAUGGAGCGGCAUGGGCAGCGUGUUACACGGCCUUGGGCUUUCAAAGACUUUGUCAUGCGCCCCGAAGUUGACAACGAGCGCCCUGUCGAAGUUACCUUGGUCAAGAUGGAACCAGUCGUUGAGACCAAGAACGAGGGUGGCGCGCCGACUUACUCUGUCAAGGCAACGGGAGAGACAAAGACGAUCCGCACGAAAUACCUGAUUGGCUGCGAUGGCGGCCGGAGCGCUGUCCGCACCAAGCUCGAAAAGAGUCAUGGCUUUGAAUUUAAAGGCGACUGGGUCGACACGCUAUGGGCUGCACUUGACUGCGUCGUUGAUACAAACUUCCCAGACGUGCGCAAGAUCGCAGCCAUCCACUCUGCCAAGCACGGCGCGCUGUACAUCUUCCCGCGCGAGAACAACCAGGCGGGCGACCCGAUCAUCCGCUGCUACACACAAGUGAACCGACUGAGCGGCGAGAAGAGCAAAGAAAGUGCGCUCGAGGCGAGGAACAAGGUGACAAAAGAGCAAGUCAUGCAAGCUAUUCAGGAGAUCGCGUACCCGUACAAAUUUAAGUUCAAAUCUGUCGAGUGGUUCACAGUCUAUCCUAUCGGACAGAGGCUUGUCAGCAGAUACUCGUUGCCAGCUGGUCAGGAGAAAGGGUGGAAAUUUCCAGCGCAUCGCGUCGCGAUCUGCGGUGACGCAUGUCACACGCAUAGCCCUAAGGCCGGUCAAGGCAUGAACACGGCCGUGAUCGAUUCUCAAGCACUAGCCUGGCGCAUCAACCUCGUCGAGAAGGGGCUGGCGUCACCCGACAUUCUCCUUGGCACCUAUCAUGAUGAACGACAUGCAACUGGCAAGCAGCUGAUCGAUUUUGAUUCAGAGUACGCAGCGCUGUUCAGCAACGAGAUCCCUAAGAAUCAACCCGAGUUGGCCAAGCUGUCGGAGGACGAGCUGAAGGAACAUUUUAUUGGGGUGCAGCGACGCAACGCAGCCUUCACCACUGGCGCAGGUGUCGCGUACGCAGACAGCGUGCUUAACCACCGCGAUCUCAGCCGUCUUGGAUUCGAUCGUGGCUAUCGCGUCGGAUCGCUGGAAGCAGGCUGGCGCCUGCAGCCAGCAUGGGCGACCCGCUGGUCCAACAGUCAGCCGGUUCGCAUCAUCCAUGAGAUCCAGUUCGACGCCCCCGGCGGCUUCAGGAUUUACGUCUGCGCCGGCGAACUCAAGCGGAAUCAACACCAUUUGCUGUCCUUUGCUCGUCAUUUGCAAAGCCCGCAGUCGUUCCUCGCCAAGUACCGUGCGAAUCACAAGGCAGGCCGACUGCUGAAAGGCGCAUACAACGCUCUACCCGCUGCGCUCAACACCGGUCUCGAUGGCGGCUACUCGGACGAGACCAAUCCGUUCUUCCACCUGCUGCUGAUCGUCAAGCAAAACCGUUUCGGCUUCGAGCUGGAGGACGUGGCGGAGCUAGGCCCAUUGCGCGCGAUGGUCUAUGCGGACGACGUCGAAGCGGGCGGGAGCCGCACGGGAAACGAAGACGGCGACGAGACGGUCGGCGGGUUGCACAGGAAGUGGGGGCUCGACCCGAACGGAGGCAUUGUGGUCUGUCGGCCGGAUGGCUACGUCGGCGCUGUCUUCCCUCUCGAUCAGGGCGAGAAGGGCUGGGGCGCAAUGGAGAAAUACUUUGCCGGAUUCUUGACUCCUGCAUCGGGCUUCCUGCCGCCAAAACUGUAGAUUUGCAUGCAUGAAUCCAGAUUGCUUUAUCACCCUCGUCAAUACAUCGACGUUCAACCUUG